CAAGCCUCACUAAAACCUGAGUCCUAAAGCUGGACAGGCAGCACCAGAUGAAGCCUUAGACCACACGAACCUCCCCAAGUGAGAAGCCAAGAAGACUCGGGGAAAGUUUCCUCUUAAAUUUCCUGGGGAGAGAUUCAGGUAUAGAAACACCCUUCCUGCCACCUACCGGAAGCAGAGGAAAGCACUGACAGCUUCAAGACCAGGCCCGCCAUGUGCACCCCCGGCCCGUGCGACCUGGAGGAGAUCCCCCUGGAGGAGGACGACACGAAGAGCAUGGAAUUCCAGAUCCUGGAGCACUACACCAAGCACCAUGUCUUCAGGAUCAUGGCUGCUGUGUCCUCACCAAAGCCGCUGAGAACAAGAAGUCUGUCCCAGAAAGUACUGGGGAGCUGGUCAGCAAAUGAGUCGUGGACACAGGUGUCGUGGCCUUGCAGAGGUUCCCGAUCUAGCGAGAAGCCCAUAAACCUUGCCAAGAAAAAGUCGUCUUGGAGAACAUUCUUCGAAGGGGCAGAGACAGGGGCAGGUUCGCAGAGCUCGACGACAGAGACCCAAGCCAAGAAUCGAAGGCGGGUGGAAUUUCAGGGGUCUCGUCACACUCAGCAACGGGCUAAGUCCUCUUCUAACGUGGAAGAGUGCAUAGAGGCCGAAGCUGUGGACCCCAAAGUCGCUUCCAUUGCCAACCGAGUUGCUGAAAUCGUUUAUUCCUGGCCACCUCCAGAAGAGCACACCCUGGGAGGAAGCUUCAAGUCCAAGAGGAGUUUGGAACCGCAGGCCUUCUUGCACUCGCAGGGCCCAAGCUUCCAGCCUAGGUCGGCAAGUGCUAAAAAAGAUGCAGAAGAUCAAAUAAUAGCCAAAAUCGUCGAGCUGCUGAAGUACUCAGGGGAUCAGAUGGAGAUAGAGCUGAAGAAGGACAAAGCCUUGAUGAACAGCUUCCGGGACGGCCUGACCUACCCCGUUUUCAAGACCAUCACAGACCAGUUCCUCGGGGGGAUAGAUACCAGGGGAGAAUCAGAGGUCAAAGCUCAGGGCUUCAAGGCCGCUCUGGCAAUAGACGUCACGGCCAAGCUCACCGCCAUUGACAACCACCCCAUGAACAAGGUGCUGGGCUUUGGAACCAAGUACCUGAAAGAUCACUUUUCACCUUGGAUCCAGCAGCAUGGUGGAUGGGAAAAAGUGCUUGGGGUAUCACAUGAAGAAGUAGACUGAAACAUCAGAAGACGUGUAAUCUGGAAUACUCAUCAGCCAACCGUGGGCCCCGGGCACAUCGCUCUCAGCAGAGACUCCGGGAGAAAAUAAACUCGUGCAAGGCAGACGGAGCACUGACGUCGUCAAAACCGUUAUUCCCCUGAAUCCAGAGGCAUCCGGAGAGGCCUUGGUUAUGUCUCGUAGGCUGCAGUCCGUGGCCUUGCCAUCCGUGUUUUUCAGGCCCUCCACUGAGCGUGUGAGGAGAUCUAGAGAGGCUAUUCCUCUCAAACAUUCAGAUCCGAAACCAUCACCCCGCCCCUGGCGGCCACCUUAGGGAAAGUGUGACACUCGCCGGCCUCGUGAGGGCGAGAUGAUAAAUUGCGCAUGUGCCUACUCUUGGGUUUCUAGCACUAGUUGUUUUUUUUAAACGACGCUUGGGAUGGCCUGCGGACGUUCUCUGGAGCAUCCCUUUAGGAAGAGGCUGCUGUGCGUGUUAGCAGACACCGUUCAGAGAGACUGGAGACGACGCCACCUCUGCGAGUUUGGGGAAACACUGCCACACCCGCCCCUUUGACUCCCUUCUCUAGGAGGAUUCUCGGGCAGUUUGAGAACCUUUCAUUUGGCAGAAAACAACGGCUCUACUGCCCUCAACUUGCAUAGACCUCCUCUCUGCCUCUCAGGGCCUUCGGGGAUUUCUUUGUUAUUUAUUGUGGGAGGGUAAUGAUUAGUAGCUGGUACGAAAAGGUGUCAUAAGACUAUCUUGUGGUUAAAGCAGUGAGAAAUCCUACUGCAAUUUCUGUCAGGAUCCAAUGAGUUAAUUUAUAAAAAGUGCUCAGAACAGUGCUUAGUCUUGGUGCCAAGUAAGUGUGCGCUUAUGUCCACUGGUACGUGCUGUCCUGAGCUGAGCUGAGGAUUUGCUCUCCUCUCAAAGCAGUCGCUGAUUGUUUUUCUGAAACCAAUACUGUUUGGAAUGAGGUAUUUUAGUAAGUAAAAUAUGUCCCACAGUAAGUAGUUAAGACAUACAGCAAUGUUUAAAAUUGCUUUCAAAUUAUAGGGUCUUACAAAUUUCUGAAUCUCUAGCACCCAACAUGCAGUCUGACAUAAAAUAGGUGUUGGAAAAAACCUUUGAUGGACACAUAAAUGAAUGGGUUAUUCAGAUACACUUUCAACUUCAAGAGAAAAGUGAGUCUAUCUAUUUUCACAUGCUUCACUAUCCAACCCAUCUCAAUGGAACCGAGUUAUUCUCUUUCUUUCCUCCCCACACUGAAAGUCAGAAACGUCAGAGCUAAAGGAGUCUCCUUUCGCAGAUGGAGACACUGGAGACCAUCUCUUCUCCCACUGUGAUCCGACCAUGUCAAACUGUCUGCAGGUC